GGACAUUUUCCAGACCCUCCUUGACUUGCCACGAACACAGCUAUACUAGCAUGAUGAAGACAUCGUUUAUUUUUCAACGGUAUUUUCUACAAAUGUAUGUCCUCGCUCAUUUUGUUUUUUCUAAUACAUCAAACGGUGAUGUGAAAAUAGAGGUUUUAUUCAAACCUGAGAUCUGCACAGAGAGAAGCACAAAGGGAAAACUUCUAAACGCACACUAUGAUGGAUACCUUGCAAAAGACGGAUCUCAGUUCUACUGCAGUCGCUCAGACAAAGCCGGACAUCCUCAGUGGUUUGUGCUGGGCGUUGGACAAGUAAUCAAAGGUCUUGAUAUUGGAUUGAAUGACAUGUGUCCUGGAGAGAAGCGUAAAAUUACAGUCCCACCUGCUUUAGCAUUUGGAGAAAAAGGCAAAGAUCCAGUCCCACCCAAUGCUACUUUGAUCUUUGAGGUGGAACUCUACUCAUUGUCCAGAGGACCACGCAGCAUGGAAUCCUUUAGAGAGAUAGACGUUGAUAAUGACAGAACUCUCACGAAGGCUGAGGUCAAAGCAUACUUGAAGAUGGAGUAUGAGAAAGGUGAUGGUCAACAUGAUGAGGACUUCUAUGAGAAGAUACUGGCUGACAUAUUCCAAAAGAGUGACAACAAUGGAGAUGGAUCAAUUACAGCCAGGGAGUACAAUGUUUAUGGACAUGAUGAACUUUAGUACUAACAAUGGCUCAUUUCUAGUACUAGUUUGUUAGAAUUUUCUAAGGGGAAAACCAAGACAAGUGCUUCUUUUUUCCCAGUCAAUUCUCCAUUUUCACAAACGUGACUUUUUGGUUGUGAGAAGAAAAAAAACAUUGGGGUCAAAACAAUGUUAAUUAAGAUUAUGCCAUAGGAAGUGUAUUUUCGUAAGGACAAAGACAGUAUAGUCUCUGGAAGAGCAUGCUAUGACAAUCAAUUGUACAAAAAUGCACAUAAAAAUUACAUAGUUGAAAAGCCAACAAAUGUAGGACUCACAAAAUAAAUGUAUAUCUGAUUGUACAUUUGAGCUACACUCAA